AUGACCAUCCCAACCCACUCUCAACGUCUCAUAUAUUAUGGUAAACUCUCCUCGAGUCCUCCGAAUUCAACAGUACGUGAGUUGUUUAAACGUCGUCGAAAAUAUGCGACUUUCGUAACCGAGUAUGAGCAAUCUGGGUCAGCCAUCGCCAACCACGCCAAUUCCUUUGGGCCGCAAGCGAGUCAGCAAAAAGUGAAUGAAAGGCCACCACACUUGCUUGUCCAAAUUAUGCUGCACGCCGAGCAAACAGACGGGACCAGCGGUUCGAUUACGACUCACGAACUUGUUAUCUUUGCAAAGCAGGCUGCUCCGUACGCCAAACGGCUCAAAUGCACCAGAAGCCUCGGUGCGCCUUGCAGGAUUCUCUUGUCUCUUGUUGACUCGGACUAAGCUCCCAAAGCACAAUUCAAAAAGACUCAUAGUUGCGGGCGAUCAGGUCACUUCAACUGACCUUUCAAAGUAGAAGGCAUGCAAUGCUUGGAUACGAAGACUCUCUUUAUCACCAUAAACGCGCCUCUGCCAAUUCAGAGCUGUUCUAUCUCCGUUGAUCGAGAUUUCACCACGUUGAGUGUUCAAAUUCGGUAUAAAAACAAAGACGACCCGGCAAUCUGA